AAAGCCAUAAUGUGGCAUACCAUCCUUUUUGAGAGGUGAAUAUCAUUGAAUAAAAAUGGCUGACAGAAGUGGGAAGAUUGUUCCAGGACAAGUUUAUAUUGAAGUGGAAUAUGAUUAUGAGUAUGAAGCAAAGGACAGAAAGAUUGUGAUAAAGCAAGGAGAACGGUACAUUCUGGUGAAAAAAACAAAUGAUGACUGGUGGCAAGUAAAACCAGAUGAGAAUUCAAAAACUUUUUAUGUGCCAGCUCAGUAUGUUAAGGAGGUAACUCGCAAAGCUCUAAUGCCUCCUGUUAAACAGGUCGUGGGACUUCCAAACAAUUCUAUGAAAAUGGUACAGAGUCUGCAUCUUCAGAGAUCGACAGAAAAUGUGAACAAAUUGCCUGAGCUUUCAAGUUUUGGAAAGUCGUCAUCUUCUGUUCAAGGAACAGGUCUUAUUCGUGAUGCCAAUCAGAAUUUUGGACCCAGCUGUAGCCAGGGUCAAACUCUGACCCUAAGCCUGGACCUGACUCAUAAUAAUGGAAAGUUUAACAGUGACUCACAUUCUCCUAAGGUUCCCAGCCAGAAUAGGACACGCUUAUUUGGUCACUUUCCAUGUCCAGAGUUUUUGGACAUAGAAAAAACCAGCUUCUCCCAGGAACAGUCCUGUGAUUCAGCAGGAGAAGGCUCAGAAAGGGUACAUCAAGAUUCCGAAUCUGGUGAUGAACUUAGCAGCAGCUCUACUGAACAGAUAAGGGCAACUACGCCUCCAAGUCAAGGAAGGCCAGAUUCACCUGUGUAUGCUAAUCUACAGGAACUGAAAAUAUCUCAGUCUGCGCUUCCUCCUUUUCCUGGAAGCCCAGCAAUUCAGAUUAAUGGAGAAUGGGAGACUCAUAAAGAUAUUUCAGGGCGUUGUUACUAUUAUAACAGAGGAACACAGGAAAGAACUUGGAAACCACCUCGUUGGACCAGGGAUGCAAGCAUAAUCAAAGGAGAUUUCCAGAGUUUAGGAGAUCAGGAGCUUCUUUCAUCAGAAGAAAACUACCACAGCAUUUGUUACAGCCAGUCAGAUAGUCAGUGUGGUUCUCCUCCAAGGGGUUGGUCAGAAGAGUUGGAUGAACGUGGGCAUACCUUAUAUACCAGUGACUAUACUAAUGAAAAGUGGCUCAAACAUGUUGAUGACCAAGGUAGACAGUAUUACUACAGUGCAGAUGGAUCCCGGUCGGAAUGGGAAUUGCCAAAGUAUAAUGCUUCAUCUCAGCAGCAGAGAGAAAUAAUUAAAAGCAGGAGCCUGGACAGACGGCUGCAAGAACCAAUAGUAUUAACAAAAUGGAGGCACAGCACAAUUGUAUUAGACACAAAUGAUAAGGAAUCUCCAUCUGCCUCAAAACCCUGCUUUCCUGAAAAUGAGUCUCCUCCCUCUUCACCAAAGCACCAAGAUACAGCCAGCAGUCCAAAGGGCCAAGAAAAAUAUGGACUAUUAAAUGUCACAAAAAUUACUGACAAUGGGAAAAAGGUUCGAAAGAACUGGUGGUCUUCAUGGGCGGUAUUGCAGGGCUCCUCUUUACUUUUUACUAAAACUCAAGGAAGCAGCACAAGUUGGUUUGGAAGUAAUCAGUCCAAACCAGAGUUCACCGUGGACCUCAGGGGAGCAACCAUCGAGAUGGCACCCAAGGAUAAAUCCAGCAAAAAGAAUGUUUUUGAGCUGAAAACCCGCCAAGGAACAGAACUGCUAAUUCAGUCGGAUAAUGACACUGUUAUUAAUGAUUGGUUUAAAGUUCUUAGUAGUGCCAUCAGUAAUCAGGCUUUAGAAACAGAGGAAAUGCUUGAAGAAGAAAUCCCAGAUUCACCAGGAAUUGAAAAGCAUGAUAAAGAAAAGGACCACAAGGAUCCCAAGAAACUUCGUUCCAUGAAAGUAUAUAGCAUAGAUUCUUCGGAACAGAAAAAAACCAAGAAAAACUUAAAAAAGUUUCUUACACGACGCCCUACUUUGCAAGCUGUUCGUGAAAAAGGCUAUAUUAAAGAUCAGGUAUUUGGAGCCAAUCUGACUAAUCUAUGUCACAGAGAGAAUGGCACCGUCCCAAAAUUUGUGAAGUUAUGCAUCGAACAUGUUGAAGAACAUGGAUUGGAUAUUGAUGGAAUUUACAGAGUAAGUGGAAACCUUGCAGUGAUACAGAAACUAAGAUUUGCAGUCAAUCAUGAUGAGAAGUUAGACUUGAAUGAUAGUAAAUGGGAAGAUAUUCAUGUCAUUACUGGAGCACUCAAAAUGUUUUUUCGAGAAUUACCAGAACCUCUCUUUACAUUUAAUCAUUUUAAUGAUUUUGUUAAUGCAAUUAAACAAGAACCAAGACAGCGAGUUGCUGCUGUUAAGGACUUAAUCAAACAAUUGCCAAAACCAAAUCAGGAUACUAUGCAGAUCCUUUUUAGACAUCUCAAAAGAGUUAUAGAAAAUGGAGAAAAAAAUCGAAUGACCUAUCAGAGUAUAGCAAUUGUUUUUGGUCCCACUCUGUUAAAGCCAGAGAAAGAGACUGGUAACAUAGCAGUUCAUACUGUGUACCAAAAUCAGAUUGUAGAAUUAAUUCUUCUGGAAUUAAACUCCAUCUUCGGACGCUGAGUCUUACUGAAACCUGUGGAACAGAAGAAGCUGGAUUCCGUCAGAUUUCAAAUCUUCAUAGAUGAUGUAUUUUCAUUUUGGACCAAGUAGUGACUCUGGUUUUGCACUUUUUUGAGGGAUCAGAAGGGAGGGGUAGCCAUCAAGAUGUGUUAGGCCCUCAUAUUUGCUGCUUUGUUGCAAGUUGAUAAAAUUGUGUAUAAUUUGGGGUUACUUUUCUCCUGAAUGUGUGCAUUUCGUACUCUUGAAUUUUAGUAAAAAUCAAAACUUGCAAUUCUAACCAGGCAUAUAUACACUGGAUAAUUUGAUGAAAAAAAAAACAGCUGGUUGGUUUUUUUUUCCUUUCCUAAAACUGGAUAAUAUAAAAUCUUUUUUUAUGCCUUGUAGCUUCAUUACAUGUAGGCUCAUCACCUGAUAUAUAAAUAGUAUCAGUUAUUUUGAAAAUACUCGGGCAUUUUAAACAAAAUGAAGUAUAUCCGUUCUGAAACCUGUGUAUUUCUUCUUCAGGGUUUUUGCAUGCAGUGGCAUUUGUAAAUGCUAAAGUUCAUCAUAACCCAGAUAGAAUCCCUUGAUGAAGGGACUUCACUGUGUUACACAGCCUCUUUUCUGGGUAUCUUUGCUUGUAUGGGCAGCACACUAAUAAAUACUACAUUGAACACUGUGACAUACUGGAAAUUUUAUUUAGCGUAAGUCAUUUCAGGGUAAUUUUAGGUUAUAUGUGCUACACUGAAUUGUAGCUAACAAUUCUCAUUAUAUCUAGUGCCAUACUGAGUUCUUGAUAUGACCCUGUGGAAAUAGACAUUAUUUGUUGUAAAUAUAUGCUAAAAUUUUAAUGCCCUGUAGCUUAUGUAUAUUAUGUUGUUGUAUAGUCUGAGUACAUUCUAACUCUACAUUUCUAAUCAUGGUAUCGGUAUUGGUGUAGCUGAUCUUUUCUGUGAAUAUUAGGUUUCCUCCAGUUUCCCAUUAUUUGGGAAAGGUAACUGAGUGCACUUUUAGGUUUAAUUACAUUUACAGGCAAAUCACUGUAAUGCAAAUGGUACUGGAAAAAUACUGAAUAGACUUGCUAAAUGGUAAAUGCACUACAAGAGGAAACUUUUAGAUUAUUUAAUAUGUACAGAAUACAUUAGAAAAAAAUAAUUACAAAAUCCUAACUCUGUAGUAUGCAUAGUUGAAAACCCAUACAUAAAUUAGAUGGCUGUUGGAUGGAAAAGUGACAUUGCUAAAUUUGAGAAUUUCUUUUUACAUUACUAAUGUAGAUUGAUUUGUAUAAUUAAAACAGGGUUUGGAAAGUUUUGUUACAGGGAGCAUGGUUGGUUGCAGAUUUUUUUAAAUGUAUUUUUCUAGAUUAACUGCUGUAUAUGAAAUGUCUAAUCUGAAUAAAGAAAACUAUAAGAGGCUUAGAGAUUUUUCCAUUGGAAA